AUGGUCUACACCAUAAAAGUUUGGAUCGAUGGGGGUUGCAGAGGCAAUGGAACACAAAAUGCAACUGGAGCCGCUGCCGCCGUUUUCGAAACAGAGCACGGUGACUUCACCUGGACGAGGUUGCUACCCUCACAUCCUCCGCCAACAAGCCAGCGUGCUGAAAUCGACGCCCUGAACCUAGCACUGGACCAAGCCCUGGUGUUGCAUGGGGAGCUUACCCGCCGCCCAGGGCUCGAUGUGAAAAUCUAUUCCGAUUCGAGAUACGUGGUUAACUGCAUGACCCAAUGGAUGCCCAGAUGGAUCAAUAAUGGCUGGCGAAAUUCUGCUGGCAGGAGUGUUGCGAAUCGAGAUCUACUAGACCAUUCUUGGUAUCUGGACAAUGAAUUGAAACAGCGGGGAUAUGUGGAGUAUCUCUGGAUCCCGAGGGAGGAAAACGAGAUUGCACACAGGCGGUGCGAUGAACUACUGAACAACCCCAACCACUGGCAGUAA